CAUCUAUAAAUAAACGUUAUGAAUGAGUGUAAUAUGACCAUAUAUGAAGAAAGCGUAAUCAAAUAACGUGCGAGGGGUACCGAAUGGAGAAACAAGAAAAAAACAUCGUUGGAAUAAUCUCCCCUUUUGAUUGCACACGAGCUUUCAAACGGUUGAGAUCCGGUGCCCAAGACAGGAGAAAAGUGAACCGUAUUGCUGGGGACUCCAAUGCUCAUCGGAUUAAGGAUAUUCUUCCUGAUGAUAUAGCUGUCAAAUGCCUGCCAAUCUCUGAUGAGAAUAUGUAAUGACAAUGGUGCCAAAUUUUCUUGUGAUCGUUUUCGCCAUGCAUUGUUGAGAGACUUGCGGAAGAUGGAUGUUCAACAGCUGUAUCUUCAUCUAGGCUCAAAUGACAUUCUUACGAAUGAAGCGGUGUUUUACCGAGAUGUAGCUGACUUGUGCGAUUGGGUGCAUCAGGAGGCGCACAAUCGGUGUCCAGAAUGCAGGGUUGUUUGCUCCAACGAAGACGCUUUGCUGAGCCACUUCUGCAGUCGCGAAAUCAAGCAACCAGAGACUGGAAAAGAGAGUAAAAUUAAGCUGAUAGGCUCACCAAUGAUUGCAUCUGCUAAUCAUGAACUCAACGAAGUCAGCUCAAGGAAGUGGAAGGCAUGCUUGGAAAAUAGAAGUUUCCAUUAUGAAGGAACAUACAAACAUUUCCCACCCACCAUGUGGAUCAAGAUGUUUGGGCUGAUGAUUCUGGGUCGUAUGUGUGGACAAGGUGGUCUUCAUUACAUCAUGAUGCAGCUGUGUACAUGUAUUCAACAACACGUUAACCUGUCCCAGCGGAUGUUGAUGCUCUUAAAUGAUGUGGAGAACAAUCCAGGACCGAUUAGUUAUUAACAGAAGAACAGAACAGUAACAUACUUUUAUUACAUUAACAGAGGCUCUGAUUAGAUGUGUAUCUGCGUAAAGAACUCAUAGAAAAUAUCAAUAUAUAGAUAAAUAUAAAAAAAAUAGAGUUAAACAAAUCAUGGUGAAAUCCACAAUACACACCAAGAGCUAUUAGUAGGCUUAUCUCCAUUGACUUAUUUCACAGUAAAUCUCUUUUUUUUUUGCCUUUUCAUUAACAUUUCAAUCAAAAAUAACAUUUGUGAAAAACUUAGUCAAUGAUUAUAACUAAAGUUAAAAAUGUGGACACUGUAAGUUAAUUGACUUUGGCUUCCAAUCUGCAGUUUACAAAGUUGCUUGUUAUAGGAGUAUUCGUGCAAAUGGAUAUCCUGCAAGGAAGACUUCCACUCCAUAGGACAGCAAGAUGCACAUAUCAUCUCUCAUGUGGUUCAAGAGAAAUGCUGUAGAUGGGGAGACUGUACCAAAGUCCUGAGCUUUAAUAGUCUUGAAAUCCAUGAACUUAAACAUCUCUAUGAUGUGAGUUUAGCACUGUGUAUGAACUGGUGUUGCUUCAUUUUCUGCAUAUCUUUAUCUCAGUCUUCUCUAGUUUUGAUGGUCAAAUACAUAUUGUCUGCCAGUUUUUUUCCCCCAAUACUGCCGUUCAUCGUUUGCUUGCAUCAAGAGUUUUAAAAGAAAUUAAAACUCAUUUGUUUAGUUAGAAUCUUAUGAAAGACUUAAAUGGCCAUGUUUAAUACAAUUGUAUAACAACAUAUACGAGCUAAAAAAAUAGUUGGAAUAAUUAAUGUAUAUAUGAACAUAACAAAUUUACUUAAAAUCAUAGGUCUUGUUUUUGUCUGCCACUAUAAGAACCAGAACAUAUUUCGGACAUUCGAGGAUUGACUUGCUGUGUUAGAGGAUCAUCAGGUGAUGGAAGAAACCAGGCUUUUUUCGACUCAAUGUUGAUGAAACCUGAUCGACAUGCUCAUCUUGGUUGAGUAAGCCUGGGUUGAGUGUGUCCAAAAAGUAGGUAACCUGGUGAAAUCUUAGGAAAACAUUGUAACCAGAUCCAGGUUUAUUUGACUGACAGACCGAUGGACAGUGGGUCAACCGUAAAUCCCUUCAUGUGAAAACGGUAGGGACAAAAUAAAUAUCACAUUGCUCUUCUGAGUUCAUUUGUAAACUAAGUUUUAUCACAAAAUUAAAAUGGUCAAUGUAUUAUUUUGUGUAUUUAAAAAUUAUGUGAAUAUUAAGUUUCAUGAAAUCUUACUGAGUUUUCUCAAUUUUAGCUACUAUUCGGACAUGGACUGACGGACAAAUGGGCAACAAUGUCGCAAUUUGUUUACCAAGUUUUAUAAGAAUUGUUUCAUAAAAGUAACCAAUGUGUCUGUUCUAUGUCGAGGUAACUACUAGGAUGAAAUACACAAAAAGAUUUUGGUUCACAAUAGGGUAGGCUCCGCGUGCCGUGAACCGGGCAACAGCUUUUGUCAUUUAACAUUUGUGUUUUAAUGGCAUAAGCUGGCAGAUACCCUUUAACUUUAAUGAUGUUUUCCGAUAAUUUCUCGGAAAAUACAAUCUAGCAAUUUUGAUUAAAUUUAGAUUACUAAAAAUUAAUAUUAUAUUUAUGCCCCCCUUGGAAGAAGAGGGUUAUAUUGUUUUGCACAUGUCAGUUGGUUGGUCCACCAGAUGGUUUCCUGAUGAUAACUCAAGAACGCUUUGGCCUAGGAUCAUGAAACUUCAUAGGUUUAUUGAUCUCGAAAUAGUAAAAUGGUUUCCGGAUGAUAACUCAAGAACGCUUACGCCUAGGAUCAUGAAACUUCAUAGGUACAUUGAUGAUGACUCGCAGAUGACCUCUAUUGAUUUUCAGGUCACUAAGUCAAAAGUCAAGGUCACAGUGACUCGAAAUAGAAAAAUGGUUUCCGGAUGAUAACUCAUAAAUGCUUACGCCUAGGAUCAUAAAAUAAAAAAAUCAUAGGUACAUUGAUAAUGACUGGCAGAUGACCCCCUUCAUAGGUAAAUUGAUAAUGACUGGCAGAAGACCCCUAUUGAUUUUCAGGUCACUAGGUCAAAGAUUAAGGUCAUAGUGACUCAAAACAGUUUAAUGGUUUCCUGUUGAUAGCUCAAGAAUACUUAGGUCUAUGAUCAUGAAACUUCUCAAGUACAUUGAUCAUGACUGGCAGAUGACCCCUAUUGAUUUUCAGGUCACUAGGUCAAAAGUCAAGUUCACAGUGACAAAAACGUAUUCACAAUGGCUGCCACUACAACUGACAGCCCAUAGGGGGGCAUGCAUGUUUUACAAACAGCCCUUGUUCUGUGUUAAAAUUAUGUACACGUCUGCGUUAUAAAAUAUGUUCACAUUUGAAAUAAAGCUAAAAAUGUG